AUGGAGCGUAGGGGCAAGACAAGGGCAGAUCCUAUGAAGAAACAGUGUGGACAGAGGGGAGGCGUAACAGUGCUGCUCUGCUCAGUGUACAUACCAGCAUAUGAAUUAGUGUUGAGCACAGUCCUAAAGCAGAGUUUCAAGGCAGCAGUUCAUGGGUGCACUGGAUCUAAUUUGACUUUUACCUGCACUUCAUGUGCAGCUGAUCUGCUGUGUGAGCUGUAAGAAACGCACCGACACUUCUGAAAGACUGUUUUUUUCUCGGUGUUGGACCCUACACCCGUUACAUCUGCACAGUCUCAUUCUAACAGUAGGUGUCAACAUGCUGGAGCAGGUUCUGUCGUUCGGCCGUUCCCUGGUGCGCAGGAAAGUGGUCGACCUGAGCAACCUGGAGGACUCAAAGCUGUGCCGCUGCCUGGGGACCGUUGAUCUCAUUGCCCUGGGAGUUGGCAGCACUCUGGGCGCCGGCGUCUACGUCCUGGCCGGCGAGGUGGCCAAGGGCGACUCAGGCCCCAGCAUAGUCAUCUCCUUCUUAAUUGCUGCCCUCGCCUCUGUCAUGGCCGGCCUGUGUUACGCUGAGUUUGGCGCACGCGUCCCCAAGACUGGCUCUGCUUACCUUUAUAGCUAUGUGACUGUGGGAGAGAUCUGGGCCUUCAUUACUGGAUGGAACCUCAUUCUCUCCUAUGUGAUUGGUACCUCCUCAGUGGCCCGGGCUUGGAGCGGCACAUUUGACGAAAUGAUAGGAGGGCACAUAGAGAUGUUCUGUAAGACCUACUUCAGCAUGAACUCUCCUGGUUUGGCUCAGUACCCUGACUUCUUUGCCGUCUGCCUGAUACUGCUGCUUUCUGGACUGCUGUCGUUUGGGGUGAAGGAGUCAGCCUGGGUCAACAAAGUCUUCACUUCGAUCAAUGUGCUCGUACUCUUGUUCGUCAUCAUCUCUGGCUUCGUCAAAGGAGACUCACAAAACUGGAAGAUCACUGAAGAAUCCCUUAUUAAUGUCACCAUAGUUAGAAGGAACUUGUCGGUGACAGCCAACGUGAGCAGUGAUUAUGGAGUUGGAGGAUUUAUGCCCUUCGGCUUCAGUGGGACCUUAGCUGGAGCUGCUACCUGCUUUUACGCUUUUGUUGGAUUUGACUGCAUUGCAACUACAGGCGAGGAGGUGAAGAACCCUCAGAGAGCCAUUCCCAUCGGCAUUGUGGUGUCACUGACCGUGUGCUUCCUGGCAUACUUUGGUGUGUCAGCCGCACUCACUCUGAUGAUGCCCUACUACCUGCUGGAUGAGAAGAGCCCUCUGCCCAUGGCCUUUGAAUAUGUGGGCUGGGGCCCUGCCAAAUAUGUGGUCGCUGCAGGUUCACUGUGUGCCCUCUCCACCAGUCUGCUGGGCUCCAUUUUCCCCAUGCCUCGUGUAAUCUAUGCUAUGUCGCAGGAUGGGGUGCUUUUCAAAGUCUUAGCCCGAAUCAAUCCUAAGACGAAGACCCCACUUAUUGCCACUAUGACCUCCGGUGUAGUAGCAGCCAUCAUGGCUUUCCUGUUUGACCUCAAAGCACUGGUCGACAUGAUGUCCAUUGGAACUCUGCUGGCCUACUCGCUGGUUGCUGUGUGUGUCCUGAUUCUCAGGUACCAGCCAGAUGGAACCCUAGAGCGGCGAGCAGGCACCAGUGAGAGAGACUACCUGUCCUCUGAGGAGGGCGAGUCCGACCUGACAGAGUCAGAGUCCCACCUCAACAUGCUGAAGGGUGGCAGCUCCACCCUGCAGGCUGUCCUGCACCCUGCUGUCUCACCCUCUGAGCAUUCUUCCAGUGUGGUCAACAUGUCCAUCUGUGUGCUAGUGCUGGUAGUGUGUGUGGUCAGCUACCUCACCACAUACCACAUCUACUCCAUCCUUGGUAUGGAAGUGUGGAUUCUGGUAUUGCUGGCCGUGUGUCUCCUCAUCUUCAGCGGCUGCAUCUUCAUGGUCUGUAGGCAGCCUCAGACUAGCAAGAAGGUCUCCUUCAUGGUUCCCCUUCUGCCCUUUCUGCCCAUUCUGAGCAUAUUUGUCAAUAUUUACCUCAUGGUCCAGCUCAGUGGAGACACCUGGAUACGUUUCUCUGUGUGGAUGUUUGUGGGCUUCCUGAUCUACUUUGGCUACGGCAUGUGGCACAGUGUGGAGCGCCAGCGUAACCUCCAGAAUCCUUCAAAAAGCAGCAGCACCACAGAACACAACAAGACUGGCGGGGAGAAGCAGGUUGCUAUGGGUGCAGUGGGAAAAGACCAGGAGUCUUUCAUCUGCCCAGAAAAGACCAGCCAGUGUUAAAGCGAAAGACUCUGUGAGGCAACGGAUGCAUAAAAGCACACAGCAGCUCUGCCUCGAUGCACCUGUUUAUACAGCUUCGCCAUGUGGCGCCUCAGUCACAAGCACAUUCAGCCUGCAAAGGCAGCGUCAGUACUCUGUAUCAGCGGCCACACGAUGGGGAGCCGCUCUAUCACUGUGAUGGAACCACAUCCUGUAGGUCACAUGGACAGCAUGGAGGCAGAAUUGAAAGGACAGGUAACACACUGGAGAGUGAUGUUCAUUUCUUUUAAUGAUGAAGCAGUCAGCGCACGACUGCAGCAAAGCUUUUUCAUUAUGGACUUCUUAGUGCUUGAUGCUCAUUUUAUUUUUUCUGUUACUCUUUACAUUUUAAAGCAGAUUUAUACAAGUGUUUUUUUAAAUGUAAAAUCUGGGAAAUCCGUCUCAUCCAUUUAAUGGCACAGAGUAUUAUUAGAUUUUGAUACAACACUCGUGUACAUUAGAAAUAGUGUUAGUUCAUUGAUGUUGACGGGUCUCCAACGUAGUGAGUCCCCGGGACUCACAGGUGGGAAAGUUAGUGGGUCCUCAUGCUGCACAACAAUGGCCAAAAUGAUAAUCACGAUUAUUUUGAUCAAUGCUGAGAUCACGAUUAUUUAUCACAAUUAUUAAUUGAUUUUAGGCACAAAAUAUUUUUAUUGCACUGUCACAUUUAAAUAAACAGAGCACUGCUUUCACUUCCAUGUUGUGCUACUUCCUGCUAAUGUACAAAUCUUUACAUCUCCUAGAAAUAACAUGUAAAUAAAACUGUAUCAAAACAUUAAACCCAAAAAUAAAUCCUUCGCCUGAAUUCAGUGCAUCUCCUAGGAACAAAACAUAAAUAUAACUGUACCUAAAAUAUAAGCUAGCUAAAAUUAGAUGUGCCAACACAGAAUGCAACCAAAUGAAAACAGCCUUUAUAUUGGACACAUAUUUUUAGUGUAAUGUGAUUACAGUUGUUAUUUCAGUCUGUCUUUGUGAGCUGGUUGGAGUCUGAGGUGAUGCUGGACAAAGACAGGGAUUCAGUGAGGUAACUUAAGUGACUCUUCACCUUCUGCUCCAGGCAUUUGAUUUUCAUUUUGCUCGUCUGCUCUCUGCUGUAUAUUACUUUUUGCCUCUGCUGCAGCAGCAACAUUCAGGAAGGUUUUUCACAGGCUGCCACUGCAGGGUACACACGCAACCUCCAAAAAUAGAGGCUGGCUAUUAGUUUAGGAAACACUUGAUUUGAUAUGCAGUGGACUUUUCUAAGAGUGGAGCACACAUUGUAUACAUCAGUAGUGAUUUUGUGGCUGUUUCUGGUCAAAUAAAAAGGAUCUUACUUUUACCAACAAGGUGUAUCUCUGUAGGGAUCCUUUGCAUAAUGUUGUCUGACACUUAGAAUAACAAUCUGAGCCUGUCAGUGGCAAAAGCAAGUACUUCUAGUGGACAUACAUUGAUGGUGCAAACAUGCUCUGAGUUAUCACAUUGCAGCCUGUGGGGCACUGCUGGCUGCAGCAUUCUCGCUCAGUACCAGACCAAUUUAGAAUAAUUGUUGUUCCUAUUGGUCACUUAGAAAUAAAUAUGGAGGAAAAUAG